AUGCUUUUCGGCCGCCGCGAGCAGCAUCCGGUGGUCGCUUGCCUUGGCGACCGGAUCGACCUUGAACUGAAAGCCCUUGAGCGUGCCGAUCGCCUCGCCAUCGACCGCGACGGUGCCGUCGGCGCCGACCGCGACGGGCAGCGCGGCAUUGCGCUGUCCCGCGUCGCGGAGCAGCAGCGCGAGCCGCCGGUCGACGAAACGCUGUGCGAGCGCGGCGUGGAGCGCGUCGGACAGGCGCGAUUCGAGCGCCUGCGUCUGCUCGGUCCAUCCCGCCGCCCCUGCGAUCCAGUCGCCGCGCUGCGCGAUGAAGCAGAGCGUGCGCACCGCGGCGAUGCGGCUGGCGAGCUGGUCGAUAUCGCCUUCGACAUCGUUCAGCCGCGCGAGGCGGCGCGCGAACCAGUCGGGGUCGAUCAUCCCGUCGCCGUACGUGCGCGACUGCCACAGCUUCAACACGGUGCGGCUGUGAUGUUCGGCGCCCAAUUGCUCGAAAUCGGGCAGCCCGCAGACGUCCCACAAUCGCUGCACCGCAUCGAAAUCGCCGCCGCGCGCACGCACUUCCAUAUCGCCCGCCAGAUGCUUGAGCACCGCGAUGUCGACCGCUUCGGGUGCGGCGCGGAGCAUCGGCUGGCUCGGCGGUUGCGCAAGAUCGGACAAAAGCUGGUCGAGCGACCCGAACCCCGGCGUUGGGUUACGCCAGAACAGGCUGGCGAGCGGGGGGAAAUGAUGCCCCUCGAUCGCGUGGAUUUCCUCCGGCGUGAAGCCGCCCUGCGGCAGCCCGACGGUGCCGAAGCCGCCGUCCUGCUGGUGGCGCCCGGCGCGGCCGGCGAUCUGUGCCAUUUCCGAAACCGUCAGGCGGCGGAGGCGCCGCCCGUCGAAUUUCUGCAGGCUCGCAAAGGCGACAUGCUGGACGUCGAGAAGUUAAACAAAAGAACGGAUACAGCCAAUUCUAAUCGUUAG